UACCAAUUCCUCUCUGUUUUGUUUUCUUUCUCUAUCAUUUUGGCGGGAAUUGGACCCCACAAAAUUAAAAUCUCGUCCUCUCUAAACUCUUAACAUCUUUUCUCUCAUAAAUACAACUACCUCCUUUCUUUCUUACGCCUCAACCUGCAACUUCUUUCACUCACUGCACCAAACGCACCGUACCGCAUUUCUUUCUCUACCAAAACGGUGCCGUAUUGUUAUCACGCGUUCUAAAUGACCGUUACUCUCUUCAUCUUUCUCCUCUUCUUCAAGUUCUUUCGCGGUGCGCUCUCUCUCUCCUCCGACGGCAUCGCGCUUCUCACUCUAAAGUCCGCCGUCGACGCCUCCGGAGCAGCGGCGUUCGCCGGCUGGAGCGACGCCGACGCCACGCCGUGCCGGUGGUCCGGCAUCACGUGCGCCAACAUCUCCGGCGAGCCGCGAGUCGUGGGCGUCGCGCUCUCCGGGAAGGGCCUCCGCGGCUACCUCCCGUCGGAGCUCGGGACGCUGCUCUACCUCCGCCGCCUCAACCUCCACACCAACGCCCUCCGCGGCGCCAUUCCGGCGCAGCUCUUCAACGCCACCGCGCUCCACAGCGUCUUCCUCCACGGCAACAACCUCUCCGGCGCGCUGCCUCCCUCCGUCUGCACCCUCCCCCGCCUCGAAAACCUCGACCUCUCCGACAACGCGCUCUCCGGCGGAAUCCCCGACACGCUCCGGGAAUGCUCCAACCUCCAGCGGUUAAUCCUCGCGCGGAACAAAUUCUCCGGCGAGAUUCCGGCGAUCCCGUGGUCCGAGCUGAAGAACCUAGUCCAGCUCGACCUAUCGUCGAACCUUCUAGAAGGUUCGAUCCCGGACCAGCUCGGUGAGCUUAAAACCCUAACCGGAACCCUAAACCUCUCGUUCAACCAUUUAUCUGGCAAGGUUCCUAAAUCUCUCGGGAAUUUGCCAGUUACCGUGAGUUUCGAUCUUCGGAACAAUGAUCUCAGCGGUGAGAUUCCCCAAACGGGGUCGUUUUCGAACCAGGGGCCCACCGCGUUCCUCAAUAACCCAAACCUGUGCGGAUUUCCUUUGCAGAGAUCGUGCACAGGGUCGGCCCCGAGUGAACCGGGUUCUAGUCCUGGUUCUCAUGGACCGGCGGGCCACCGGUCCGCGAAAGGGCUGAGCCCGGGUUUGAUUAUUUUAAUCUCGGUGGCUGAUGCUGCCGGGGUGGCUUUGAUUGGGGUUGUUUUGGUGUAUGUGUAUUGGAAGAGGAAGGACAAGUCGAAUGGGUGUAGUUGCACUUUGAAGAGGAGGUUUGGUGGGGAGAAUGAGAAAUCGAGUUUGUGUUGUUGGUGUAACGGGGUGAAGAGUGAUGAUUCUGAGGUGGAGGAGGGGGAGAAGGGAGGGGGAGAGGGUGAGAGAGGGGAAGGGGAUUUGGUGGCCAUUGAUAAGGGUUUUAACUUUGAGCUUGAUGAGUUGUUGAGGGCUUCUGCUUAUGUGUUGGGGAAGAGUGGGUUGGGGAUUGUGUAUAAGGUGGUGCUGGGGAAUGGGGUGCCUGUGGCUGUGAGGAGAUUGGGGGAGGGUGGGGAACAGAGGUAUAAGGAGUUUGCUGCUGAGGUUCAAGCCAUUGGCAAAGUCAAGCACCCUAACAUUGUGAGGUUGAGAGCCUAUUAUUGGGCUCCUGAUGAGAAGCUUCUGAUCAGUGAUUUCAUCUCCAAUGGCAAUUUGGCCACUGCCCUUAGAGGGAGAAAUGGUCAACCAUCUCCGAAUCUUUCAUGGUCAACCAGGCUGAGGAUAAUCAAAGGAACAGGCAGGGGUUUGGCAUAUCUCCAUGAAUGCAGUCCAAGAAAAUUUGUUCACGGUGACAUCAAACCCUCGAACAUCCUUCUUGACACGGAUUUCCAACCCCACAUUUCUGAUUUUGGUCUAAACCGGCUAAUCAGCAUCACAGGCAACAACCCAUCCUCUGGUGGCUUUAUGGGAGGAGCUCUUCCUUACUUGAAGCCAUCACAAACAGAGCGAACCAACAACUACAAGGCCCCUGAGGCUCGAGUCCCAGGUUGCAGACCGACCCAGAAAUGGGAUGUGUAUUCAUUUGGAGUUGUAUUACUUGAAUUGCUUACUGGGAAAUCCCCGGAUUCUUCUCCGGCCGCAUCAACAUCCAUGGAAGUCCCUGACUUGGUGAGGUGGGUCAAGAAAGGGUUUGAACAAGAAAGUCCAUUAUCUGAAAUGGUUGACCCAUCGAUGCUCCAUGAAGUGCAUGCCAAGAAAGAGGUGUUGGCUGUGUUUCACGUAGCACUACAAUGCACUGAAGGAGACCCUGAGGUCAGACCUAGAAUGAAAACCGUCUCUGAAAAUCUUGAAAGAAUUGGAUCAUAAUAUUCUAAUGUUUACCAGCUGAAAGAACUGAAAUUUCCUUGACACUCAUGGAAGAUGCAUUGCAACCCCAUAAUGCAUUUUUUGUGGUAGCACUCGGGAGAUUUUCUUUUGGGGGCAUAUGAUGGUGUUGCAAAUACCUUUCUAUCUCCAACUAUGCCCUCCGGCCCUUCUGUGUUUUGAAGUUGUAGCAAUUUUUUGACGGCUGUCACCAUCACAGGUCUCAUCUUCAUUCUUUUUUCGGCAAAUCAAGGCAGUUGAUAAGAUAUAUUUAAAUUUUGUUUUGAUCUCAUUUCAUCAUGAGUCUGAUUACAAUAAUUUCACUACAUGCUUUAUUACUUGGCUUGGCAAGUUCAGAUGCAAUCUUGUGUAUAAUAAAAUUAUUUCACUCCUCCGUUAUGAAUGACAACUCAGUUUCACAUU